GAAGAAGAAGGCCGCCGAGAAGGGCGCCGCCGAGGGCGGCGAGGCUGUGGCCGGCGAUCCCGAUCCCGCUCCCGAAGGAGACGAGGACAAAGACCAGGAGGACCAGGAGGAGAAGGAGGAGAAGGGUCCAGAUUCUGAGGCCGCCAAGAAAAAGAAAAAGAAGAAGAAGAAGGGGAAAGGAGAGGGCGAGGCCACCGAGGCCGCUGAGGCCGCUGAGGCUGAGGCUCAGAGCUUCGAGCCUCCGGCGAGGGAGAAGGAGAAGGACGAGAAGGUGAAUGGGGUGAAGGAGGUGAAGGAGGCCAAGGACGAGGAGGACGAGGAAGAGGACCAAAACGAGGCCAACGAGGAGGCCGGCGCCAAAAAGAAGAAGAAGCGACGAGGCAAAAAGAAAGGUGGCGGAGGCACCGUCAGCGGCCUUGACGGCAUUGCCAACUAUGGCAUCUCCGACGAGGACUUCGAUGCUUGGUGUCAGAAGACGCUGGAGGCCACGCAGAACGAGGCUCACAAGAUGAGCUCGCAAGACCUGCAGAAGCCCCCUCGUGAGUUCUGGGGCUACCAGUACUCUGGCAGCCUGCGCCCCGCUUUCGUUACCAAGCAGCUGAGAAUGCCAGAGGGCACCCGGCUCCCGGACUACGCCAGCGAAGCAGACGGCUCCAGUGCCUGCGAGCGCGUGGGAGUGAAGGAGGUGCCUGUGCUGGAGGGCGCGGAGCUCGAGACCAUGCGGAUGGCCUGCAAGCUGGGCCGGGAGGUCCUUGACAUUGCUGCCCGCUUCAUGCGGGCCGGAGUCACAGGGGACGAGAUUGACCGCGUGGUCUACCAGGCUUGCGUCGACCGCAAGAUCUACCCCAGCCCUCUGAACUAUUACCGCUUCCCCAAAGCGCUCUGCGUCUCCGCCAACGAGGUCAUCUGCCACGGCAUCCCAGACUGCCGAGCCCUCGAGGAAGGAGACAUCGUGAAUCUGGACAUCAGCAUCUUCUACGAAGGCUUCCACUCCGAUCUCAACGAGACGUUCUUCAUCGGAGACUGCGACGAAGACUCUCAGCGACUCGUGAGGACAGCGUAUAGCGCCCUCUUCGCUGCUGCGGAGAUGAUCCGUCCAGGGACCUUCUACCGAGAUCUAGGCGGGGCCAUUCAGUCGGAGGCCUCCAAGAAUGGCUGUGCCGUGGUCACCACGUACUGCGGCCACGGCGUGGGGAAGUUGUUCCAUGGCCCACCCAAGGUUCCACACUACAGGAAGAACAAGGCGGUGGGCAUCAUGAAGCCCGGCCACGUUUUCACCGUCGAGCCCAUGAUCAACCUCGGUGGAAAUGGCGGCGACAGGACCUGGCCUGACAACUGGACCGCGGUGACCCGCGACGGCAAGAGGUCCGCUCAGUUCGAGCACACCUUCUUGGUCACCGAGACUGGCCUGGAGGUCCUCACGGCGCGGCCGGGCACCGACCCGACGCGGAUGCCGGCCUGGAACCCAGUCAUGUUUCAGAGAUGA